AUGACGAUGACAACACAGGUUCACACGGCGAGUACCGUAAUAACGAACGCGGUUGAAAAGGACAGAAAGGAAAUAAUUAGAAUGAUGAAAGAUAUUUUUUAUAAAACGGAUCCGAGUUCUAUGUACACAAAAGUUUCCGAAGUGCCAAAAAUUAGUUUGUACAUGCAAAACGUAAGCGUGGAAUCGUUAGAACAAGAUUUAAGCUUUGUCGCUAAGGAAAAAAUAACCGAUCAAAAAAUUGUCGGAGUCGCCAUAAAUGCUGUAAGACCGGCAAAAUUAAAAUUAAAACUCGACGAUCCGUCAUUGAAAUUAGUACAGUCGAAAAGGGAAAGAACAUUAUUGCAAUUAUGGAAUUUUAUAUCGUCGAUGCCGCCGAAUUCUGAAAAAUUUUUCGAUAACGAUGAUGACAUUUUCGAAAUAAGGUAUUUGGUCGUCGAUCCGAAAUAUCGUAAUCAGGGUAUAGCAACGGCUUUGGUGAAUCGUAGUAGGAAAGAAGCCGCGACGAAAGGUUACAAAUAUAUGAGAAUAGAUUGCACGAGUCAUUUUACCGCGAGAAUAGCUUCGUCAAUGGGUUUCGAUUGUAUAUUUCAAAUGGCUUACGAAGAUUAUAAAAAUCCAAGCGGAGAACAAAUAUUUCACGAAAUUAUUUUUCCACAUACUAAAAUUCUCAUUUACGCCGGUAAAACGUGUUCCUGA